AUGGAGAUGCACACCCGCCGCUGCGACCCUCCCAAGACACCGCCCAGGAUCCUGCAUCCUCUACCCAUAGAACAUACGCAAAGUCUACUCGCGACUCCGUCUUCGCACAGAUAUGCUGCCUUCAGCAAUAGUCCCGCCCAUGCUCGCAAGAGGCCGCGGUCGCCGUCGGCGGUGCCUGAUCGAGAUGUGAGCAGCAGCAGCAACAGCAACAGCAGUGGCGGUCUGUCGCUCGAUGAUGCUCGCUCUUGCCCAAACUUGUGGAAGACCCCGCAGAAGCCCCGACCCAACUUCAAACAGCUUUCCACGCCAUUCCGGCAGCAUCGCUCUCCAAAGUUCGCCGAUACCGCCGAGGAGCUCGAGUUCUGGAGCACCCCGCAGACAAAGAGGCUGGCCGUCAUGGACUCUCCGUCGUCUGCAUCUCCCUUCCCGCUACAUGUGCACCACAACUAUCAUCAACAACACUCAGCCAAUAAUCACCAUCACUCCACCAACAAUCAACACCAUCACGACCACGACCCCGAGCAGCACUCGCUCGCUACUCUGCUGCCGCACGACAGCGCCCAGGCCAGCAGCCUCCGCCCGGUUCCAGCGACACCGAUCCGCUCGUUCUUCCAGAGCAGUUCAUUCCAGUCCCUAGAUUUGACUUCGCCAAUCAAGCCCCCCUCCCUCUUUGCCUCGCCUCGAACCAUGGCAUCGGCGCCAAAGACCCCCAGUACGGCUCGGUCCCUGGCGUCCAUCCACUCCCGUCUCUCGGCAUCGAAGAGGCGACUGCCUGAGGCCGAGAACCCCCGCAAGCAUGCCUCCGAAGAGGCCGUCCAAGUGCCCAACUUGACUCACUGCAGCAGCAUGAGCACCACAAGCUCGACAGAUGCACUUUCGCCAGCCAGCCGUGCCGAGGCUUCACUUUCGCCCUUUGAUAAUGAUCCCGACACCAGCCAAGUUCUUUCGGCACCAGCAACGACAUACAGCUUCCUCCACAAUCUGCCCAAGCCCGACCAGCUGCCCUUUGUUCUCGCCCAGCAAACGACUCCGACCAAGGGCCAAGCGAUUGUCCGAGAGCCCAGCGGCACGGUGCCUUACUCGCCAUUCCAUCGAUCUGCCUCGCGGACGCCAACAAGUGCCUGCGUCAGUCCGAGCCCGCUCACUCGCUUUUUCACUCACCAGUCGGGCUCGCACAGUAUGCUCCCGCCGCCGUCGCCCUCAAAGAGGCAGAGCCUUCGACAAUGUCGAAACCCAAAGCUCGAGGCCCUCUCGAGCGCGACAUCGAGGGAUCUGUUCAAGAGCCAGAACUCACCACUCAUACCACCGCGGACCCGUCCAGAGCCGGGCCACGAUGCCGGCGCAGGCUCGGCAGCUGGUGAAAUAUCACGACAUCGGAUACAGAACAAGACUCAUGACUGGGCUUCUCUCGAUGCGGAACUUAUGUCAAAGAUCGGGGCCUACCUUGAUGAUCCGUCAGCGCGGAGAUGUCAGAGUGUAUGCCGCCGCUGGGCAGAGGGCUUUAGAGCACAGCCGCCUUCACCCAUUUGAAUACGCUGCGGUCUCGUAGUUUCUGCUGCUGACGCUACUCCGAUAUUGAUGUCUGCUUCUAAUCGCCUCUAAUGUUGUCCUUUGUAAGCUUGUCUAUAGUUUCCUCCCCCUCCCCUUUUCCUGAUAUUUUCUUUGCACCUGGCUUUGAGCCGGGUGGCCAAAGCCCCGAGUGUCGUUGCUGGCUGCGCCAACAGCCGAUCGCCUUCAUGGGAUCCAUCGUAUCGAUAUCCCGGCAGUAAUAAUCUGAAUUGUGAUGACUAAACGUGAGCUGAGGGACACCUGG